UAUCAUUGUUGUCAAUAAUAAUUAUAUCAUCCUAUUAGUAUCCCAUAACGGGAUUUAGGGACAAGAGGCAUGAUUGAGAGAAUGCUUUAAAUCCAUUUGUUCCGACGCGCGAGGAACAAAUGGGAUUGCGAGAGUAAUUGAAGGAAUGAUUUUGGAGAUUUCAGCUUCAUUUCCUGGGACCCACACGCGUGUUCGAAAUCUAUUAACUCUUGUCUAUUCAUCACGCAUCCUACGCUCGCGCAUGAAUUCACGUCACGUAAACGUAACGCGGAAAAUCGAGAGGCUCUGGGGAAACACCGAUGACGCCUUCUCGAAAUUACGUAUUUCUAGAAUCUAGAUCGAUGCGAAAUGUUGAUCACCCUGUGUACUUGCAGACCGAGGAUGUGGAAAUGCAAAACAUCUCAUGAAUAUUAUGAAUAUCAUUAUCACGCAACGCAUAUUUUGCAAAAAAGCGCUUCUUGCUUAAUUAUAUAGGCACGAUUAAAACGGGAGAGGGAAUGAAGGACAGACGCGGACGACGUGUUUGUAUUUAUAGCGGCGAAUCUGUGAAUGCCUGGAUCAUUGCCAUUCUCCCUUCCACUUCGGAAGAAAACCUUGAAGCGCGACUCGAAAUCGCCAGCACAUAGCUAAUACAUAAGUACACGCGACAGUCGUAAACUAAUGCUCGUCCGAUUCUCUUCCGUUUCUCUAUAACUCUAUAUUACUGAUAAAAUAUUAGUGAUGCCACGAAGUAGGAUAAACAGCGAGGUGCUACGAUUAAAUGUCAAGAUCAAGAUUGCAUUCGUUAAUAUGAAAAACAACUCGUCCAAUCAUCCCAUUAGUUAAUCCUAAGUUAGUAAAUCAAAGAGACUGGAACUUACAAAAAGAUUCCAAAAGGAGAUAAGAAGAAUUUGCCGCGAGUGUUAAUAGCUCGCCGGACGGACUGAGCGUGCGUAGCUUUAAUUACGGCAACGAUCGUACGUUUUCCCAACGUGACACGAAACGGCUGGGGCCCAUUGGGGAAACCACGCGGCCAUGAUAAACGUCGUAGCGGCGAUCGUGACGUGAGGAAGGAUGAAUCAGUUGCGGCCCGCGGCAGCGAGACCACUAAGUAAAUCGUCGGAGAACGUCGAGCUACUCGUGCCGGACAGUCCGCAUCGCGAAUCCUUUGUUCGUUCCGUGAAGACGGAGAGGACACCUGCUCCUAGGUCUUUUUAAUUACGGUAAUCUUAUCAACCGGGGUCUCCUGCGGUUCACCAACAUGAACGGAAGCAAGAAGCCGGACGGCGAUGAGAUACUGUAUCUGGACGAAGUCCACGACGAGACGUUGAGACCCCUGACAUCUACUAACUCGGAGGUAGCAAUUCCGUCCAUUGGUCUGCGCGCCGACUUUGUUUCGAAGACCGAUGGAGAUCUCGCGGACAAUUCGCGAUCCCGGAGGCCGUCGUUCGUCGAAACGGAGAUCGACGAACAUGAUGAGAAGCUGGGUAAAAAGCCGAUGCCGCCGAUCGGCUUCGACAACAGAAACGGACCGGAAUUUCUCUCGGAACCACAAUCCGGCUGGGCCAGCACAAUCUUUCCAUCGCCUGCGACAGCCGUGCAGGUCAUUACUCCUGACGUGAACGUCUACCAGCACAAAAAGACUCUGGCCCAAGGUAUGAUGGAUCUGGCGUUGUUGUCCGCAAACGCGAAUCAGAUGCGCUACGUUCUCCAGACGGACGGCCGGCAUCCGUACUUCUAUCCGUCGCUCGUCAUGAUUAGCAUGAGUCUGUUCCUGCAAAUCGCCGUAGGCAUUGGUCUUAUAUGGAACAGCGUCUACAACGUCAAGGAGCACGAACAAAUGUGCAAGGCAAACAAGGCCAACAACUGGACGGUCAUCGGCAUCUUCCUCGUCACGAUACUCAACGUCUUCAUCUCGUCGUUCGGUGUUGUCGAUCAAACAGUUACCGUCACAACAUAACAAUUUCUUAUUUUUCUUUUUGCUUUUGAUGCGCUCUCUCCCCCCCCCCUCUCUCUCUCUUAACGAUACGCAAAGUGAACGACCAGAUAAAAAUAUCUCCGUUGUUUUUUAAGUAAUACCAACACACAAGUUUAAUUUAAUUGCAUAUAGAACCUUUAUAACGUGUUUCUGUUCGGUAUUCUAUUAUCUUAAUGCAUAUUGAUCAUCAGAUACCGCAUUCGAUACCGAAAAAGAUUUUAAAAUGUUAUUUUUACUUUCAGGAUUUCUCAUUGCAAUCAUAUUGCUUUAUGUAAGAAGUGAGAAGUCACGUCAAUCUUACACACGUGCUUCUUUAAAUAUUUUCUCAUCGCUAGCAUGAAAAACGACGAAGAUAUUUUCGAUUCUUAAGUGGCUCAUUCUACACCCUAUACGCUUACAUCAUUGUAAAUUAUAUUCAUUUAUUUAUGUAAAACUCGUCAGACACAUAAAUAAUUUAUAGUAAUAAU